AUAGAUAUGAGUGAUAAAAAUGUUUCGGAUUCAUUGUUAAAGCAUCCUAUCCACACAAAAAAAAUGGCCUUGGUUAAUAUAGGAACCGUCUUCGGGGAAUCAGUUGCCUAAACCUGAAUUUCUGGGGAUGAGAAUGCUCCUUGCUGCUGCAGACUUCAUGGGCCUAAGUUCAGUAUGCUGCCUGUGCUUAUCACUAUCAGCAGUCUUGCAUCAUUCUUUCGCUUUGGACACUGGUUCUGGACCAGGGAUGGAGUUGCUAACAAGGGAGUUAUUGGAAUCAGCGAGAAAGCCUAAGUUCUUUAAGUGGAUGAGAGGGAUAAGAAGGAGAAUCCAUGAGUACCCCGAGCUGGGAUUUGAGGAGCACAGAACCAGUCAGCUCAUCAGGACUCAGCUUGACUCGCUUGGAAUCGAGUAUAAAUGGCCUAUUGCCAAAACUGGAGUGGUGGCAUCUAUUGGGUCUGGAGAGAAACCGGUUUUCGGCCUCAGAGCUGAUAUGGAUGCCCUCCCUUUGCAGGAAUUGGUGGAGUGGGCGCACAAGAGUAAAAUUGAUGGCAAAAUGCAUGCUUGUGGUCAUGAUUCUCAUGUGUCAAUGCUUCUUGGAGCAGCCAAACUGCUCCAGGAAAAGAGAGAUGAAUUAAAGGGUACUGUGAAGCUUGUUUUCCAGCCUGGAGAAGAGGGUUAUGCUGGUGCCUACCAUAUGUUACAAGAUGGUGCUCUUGAUGAUCUCAAAGCCAUCUUCAUGUUACAUGUUUUACCUACAAUUCCCACCGGCGUUAUUGCCUCAAGGCCUGGUCCAUUGCUUGCUGGUGCUGGACUCUUCUCGGUUACAAUUCGAGGGAGAGGAGGACUCGCAGCAGCUCCACAUGGUACCAUAGACCCAAUUCUUGCAGCUUCUUUUGCAAUCAUUGCUCUCCAACAGAUUGUAUCUCGAGAGAUAAAUCCUCUUGAGGCCGGGGUGGUUACAGUUGGGUUCAUAGAAGGAGGUGAAGCAACAAAUGUAAUCCCAGAAUGUGUGAAAUUUGGAGGAACUUUCAGAAGCUUGACCAAUGAAGGUCUACUCCACAUAACAAAGAGGAUAAAGCAGAUCAUUGAGUUCCAAGCAGUCGUGCAUAGAUGUACUAUUUCAUUGGACUUCAUGGAAGAUACUCCACUACCUUAUCCAGUCUUGAACAAUGAUGAAGCAUUAUAUGAGCAUACAAAGAAGGUAGGAGAGGCCCUGCUUGGAAAGCAAAAUGUGCAGCUUCUCCCAAUGAACAUGGGAGGAGAGGAUUUUAGUUUCUAUUCCAAGAAGAUUCCUGCUACUGCAUUUGGGCUUGGGAUUAGAAAUGAGACAUUGAAAUCAGAUGAGCCAUUGCAUUCACCUUACUUUGUUAUGGAUGAAAGUGCUCUUCCAAUUGGAGCAGCUUUCCAUGUUGCUGUUGCAAUGUCAUAUUUGGAUAGCCAUGCUCAAAUCUCUUAGAAACUUUAUGAUGUAUCUGAAACGAAUUUUUUCAUGAAAUAAAUUUGAGGAAAAUGCUAAAUUCAAAGAGUCUAA